CGAGCUUUCCCUUCCCGAUCGAGGAGAAAUCAAGCAAGCGAAUCAAGAACCAUGGCUGAUGCGACGCCAGCGGAAGCAAGCAGCAGCGGCGAGGCCGCGGGCGAGAAGAGCAAUAAGAAGAUCACGCUGAUCAGCUCCGACGGCGAGAGCUUCGAGGUCACGGCGGAGGCGGCGGCCAUGUCGCAGACCAUCCACCACAUGAUGGAGGACAACUGCGUCGAGAACGGCAUCCCGCUGCCCAACGUGCCCUCCAAGAUCCUCUCCAAGGUCAUCGAGUACUGCAACAAGCACGUCUCCAGCGGCGAGCAGGACCUCAAGAGCUUCGACGCCAGCUUCAUCAACGUCGACCAGGACACGCUAUACGACCUCAUCCUCGCCGCCAACUAUCUGGACGUCAAGGGGCUCCUGGAACUCUGCCUGCAGACGGUGGCCGACAUGAUCAAGGGCAAGACGGUCGAGGAGAUACGCAAGACGUUCAACAUCAAGUGCGACUUCUCGCCAGAGGAGGAGGCCGAGAUAAAAAAGGAGAACCAAUGGGCCUUCGAGUAGACACGUCACCGCACGUCCUAGUAGAACAUUUUUUUAAUCUUCAUCUGCAGCUGCUUAAGUCAAGUCUUUUGAUGUUUUUCCUCUUCAUUUAAUUACU